AGCAGCGAGAAGGCACUGAUGGAGCGGCGCGCGCGGGCUGCGUAAAGGUGGCGGUGGCGCUGGGCAAGGAUCGUGGCUGCAAGAAUGCUCAGCCCUUGGCGAAAUAAGGUUACCAUUUGGAAGCUGGAGUAGAACAUCGUUUUCUGUAAUGCCGGGCCCAAUAUCUUGAGAGGGAAAAGAAAGAGAAAGCAGCUACUCUGGUGCCAACUCGAACUGCAGGGGAAAGUUUAAAAGACGGAUUUUUAUUUACCCUCUGUGGGAACUGUGCACAUUGACUAAGUACUAAGAGGAGAUACCAUCUCACAGAUUUGGAGCUUUAUCUCUUGCUCCUAACCUCUGUAUUUGCACUUUGAACUGGUAGCAAAAAUGAGUGAGUUCUGGUUGUGUUUCAACUGCUGUAUUGCAGAACAGCCGCAGCCUAAAAGACGGCGGCGAAUCGAUCGGAGUAUGAUUGGUGAGCCAACAAACUUUGUUCACACAGCUCAUGUAGGUUCAGGAGAUCUCUUUAGUGGAAUGAAUUCGGUGAGUUCAAUUCAGAACCAAAUGCAGUCCAAAGGAGGCUAUGGAGGAGGAAUGUCUGCAAAUGUUCAAAUGCAGCUUGUAGAUACAAAGGCAGGAUAACCGUGGGACAUACUUUGAAUCCUUGUGAAUAUCUGUACCUUCUUUCCUGUGUUCCUCUAUGCCUUGGUGACUGCUUCCUGUGCUCAUGAGAGAAGUUGAUGGUUCAUCACCCACCCCUUGUGAUUACGCCGUGGAAACAUUCCUUUUUCUGCUGUGAGGGUGACAUUUAUCAGACUGGUCUUGUCAUGCUUUUCAAGUGGCAAGCUUACAUCUCACUGCUA